GGCCUUUCCCUUUAGAGCAAAUAUUUAGUCUCUUUAAAAAAUGUUUAGUGUGGAGUUAUUUUUAAAGGGUGUCAGAAGGAAAGCAAAAGUGAAAGUCUCGACUUUGGUAUAAAAGCUGAUGCAGGAGCAGCAGAACCCCAGAGCCCCGGGACGCCAUGGCUCAGUUUUGUGUGGAACCUGAACCUGGAGGCCUGACUGAGAUUUUCCGCACUGACUACGAGCACUGGGCCAUCUACAUGGAAGGUGGUGAUGUGAUCCAUCUCGGUCCUCCAAGUGAGUACCCUGGGGCUGGCUCUUCCAGCAUCAACUCUAUUCUGAGCGGCAGAGCAGAGGUGAAACAGCAGCCCCUGAGGGAUGUAGCGGGGGGCUGCCGCUAUCGGGUCAAUAACUACUUGGACCACAAAUACAGACCACAGCCUGUGUACAAGAGCAUCAGUGCUGCGAAGGAGAUGGUUGGUGAAGAGAAGAAGUACAGUGUUCUGAGCAUGAACUGUGAGCGCUUUGCCACCGAACUGAGAUACGGCGCAGCCAGCAGCAGGCAGGUGGAACACGCCAUGUGUGUACUGAUAGGCAUGCUGAUCAUAUUCAUCAUGCUCAUCAUACUCGUACCCUGGCUUGCUGCGUUACUUGCCCCUUCGAAGAAAUCACGUCAAAACCAGUUACAGCCUGACGAAGCCACAGGAUGCUGCAUUAGAAGCCGCUGUGGAGACCAGUGGAGAGGGCCUCCCACAGCAACUCUGUCUGCCUGGCACUCACACUUGGGCAGCAUGUAGUUCCCUCUCUCGCUUUUCCUCUCUCACUGGCUGGAGGAUGGGCUAAUUGUACCAAGAGCGAAGAAUCGAUACAUGUAUCUAUCUGUCCCUUCAGAAAGGGACACACUUUCACUGUGUUUUUGUAGACUUCUGACCCAGAAAGGAAGAACGUACCAUUGACUCAGCUCCUGUUGGUACUCCCAGCAAUGUCUAGCUGUGUGACCUUAGGGGGAGCUCUUGCCUCUCAGAGCCUCAGUUCCUUCUUCUCUGAGAUGGCGGCCACGAUCCACUUCACGGUAACAUAGUGAGGAUCAAAUGAAAGGAUGUGUAGCAGACCCCUGCCCGAUGUCUAGUAACUGGCAGGUACUCAGUUGAUCGUCGACAUCAUUCUGUAGACUGACUAUUGUCAUAAAAGACAUUCAUUUUACUCUCGGGGUGAAAAAAUAGAAGAAGAAACUUCAUUACCUCCCAGUCCACUCACAUCCUCUGAUGCUUGAAUCCCCUGACAACACAUAAACAUCUCCCAGCACGUUUACACUGACCUCCUUCCCUCAGCCGUGUUUUUAGAUAGUGUUUUUCUUUUUUAGCUCGAAUGUCUAAUCCUUACCCAGCUGUGACUACCAGAUGCACUUAUGUAGCUUUCCAUGAGCAGAUGGCCACGGCUCAAGCUGCCCCUGGGUUGAAUGCUGAAAAUUAGCCCCCUCGGUCUUUCGGGCUGUGAAUACUCUGUAUGAUGCCAAGUGGGGGCUACAUGUCAUCAUACAUCUGUCCCAACCCACAGAAGGUA